AACUUCCUAAGUCAUAACGGUAAACAAAACCGUAACCUCAAACCUUAAGUGUCAGUGCAAUCAGUUUUACAACAAAGUUGGGUCUAUUUAAACAAUAAUCAGAUGUAAAUAAUAAAAUAUCUAGUUUUCCAAAUAAAUAAUGGAGUCUGAAGGUUGUUUCUUAAAUAGUACAGCAGUCUUAGAAUGGACAAAUGUAUCAGGAACAACCACUCGAAAAGUGAAUUACAAAUCAGCACAAUUGCGGCUCAUCAGAAACAACCUCCGUCAAAUGCUUGUCCAGGUCCAAGCCGAGAAGUCGAACACAACUUUCAAAUUAUUGAUACGUGGUGUCAAUGUUCUGAAUCGUUUUAUGCACGAAGGUAAGGCGACAAUUAAAUUCAACGAAGAACGAUGUACACUUUUUAUUUCCAACGCACCUGCAGCUCAGCUCACGUCGUUUUUAAAAACAAUUUUCGUUAAAAUGACCGGCCAACCCGAGGCCAAAGUCACUUCCCUGAAGCAGCACUUGGCCGCUAACGUAAAUUUAGGCGGCGUCCAAGACAUCAGUCCAGCCACAGCUGGAGAAAUAAAAGCCGCCAAAGAAAAAGCUCUGACUGUUGCUGCGUCACGUAAAACAGUGACGACACCGUCACCAAGUAACGUCCGGAAACGUAAGUUACUAAACUCAGAAAACGGCAUUAAAGUACCAGUUGCUAAAAAAUUGUACAGCAAUCCAACAGUCAGUGAAUUGACUGAAGAACAAACCCAAGUAUUGGAAGCAGUAUUACGCGGGAAUAAUAUUUUUUUUACUGGUUCCGCUGGUACGGGGAAGUCUUAUCUACUCAAGAGAAUAAUCGGAGAAUUGCCACCAGACGUAACGACAAUUACCGCAAGUACUGGAGUCGCUGCUUGUCAUAUUGGCGGGAUAACUCUCCAUCAGUUUGCAGGGAUUGGUUUGGGGAACGGUACCUUGGAACGAUGUUACCAACUGGCCGCGCGUCCGUCUGUUGCUGCGGUCUGGCGCAAAACGAAGCACCUGAUCAUCGACGAAAUUUCAAUGGUCGACGGCGACUUGUUCGACAGAAUUGAAGCCGUCGCCAGGCAUAUCCGUAGAAACGACAAACCCUUCGGCGGGAUCCAGUUGAUUUUGUGCGGGGAUUUUUUCCAAUUGCCGCCGGUUAAAAAAAACGAUGCAAUGAAAUUUUGCUUCGAAAGCAAAGUCUGGGACAGUUGCAUCAACUGCAACUUCGAGCUGCAAACUGUCCAUCGGCAGAAGGACCAGACGUUCGUUAAGCUGCUGAACAGUAUAAGGAUCGGGCGGGUCACUGAUGAGAUAAAGGAAAUUCUCAAGGCAACGGCCAAGCAGAAGAUUGAAAAAGACGGGAUUUUAGCAACGAGACUCUGCUCCCAUGUGAAGGAAGCUGACGAAAUUAACGAGUCGCAGCUGGAAAAACUUGAAGGAGUUACUAAACAUUACGUUGCUCAGGAUUCAGACGAAUCCAUGACCAAGACACUGGACCAGCAGCUGUCGGUACCUGGAAAAUUGACAUUAAAAAUCGGCGCGCAAGUGAUGCUGCUAAAAAAUAUAAAUAUUGUCAAUGGACUAGUCAAUGGAGCGCGGGGUGUAGUCAUAAGAUUUGAUGACGAGAUUCCGGUUGUUCAGUUUUGUUCUGGUGAAAUUUAUCCAGCGAAAUCUGAAAAGUGGAUGCUGAAGAUGGCCAAUGGAAGUUUUAUUCAUCGCAAGCAGAUUCCGUUGAAACUUGCCUGGGCUUUUUCAAUUCACAAGAGCCAAGGACUGACGUUAGACUGCGUCGAGAUGAACCUCAGCAACGUUUUUGACGCCGGGCAAUCCUACGUCGCGCUGUCGCGGGCUCAAAGUCUCGGCGCUCUGAGGGUUUUGGAUUUUAAUGAAAAGCAAGUAUGGGUCAGCACGAAUGUGCUGGAGUUUUACAAAAAGUUUAGACGAAAUUUGCACAACAUGAAAAUAUUCGCGCUAGGAAAAUCUGGGAAAACCAAAAGAAAAUAA